AUGACUUGGUCCGAUGCCCCCCUCCCGGCUGCCGAGGGCAUCUCGUACUUUACCCCGGCACAAUCUCCACCAGCUGGUACUGCACGCGAUCCUCAAACAAGCGGAAAGCCCAUCCCAACACUCUUCAAGCCUUUCACUAUCAGGGGCCAGAGUUUCCAGAAUCGGCUCGGACUGGCUCCCAUGUGCCAGUAUAGCGCUGACGAUGGACAUAUGACUAACUGGCAUAUCGCCCACUAUGGCGGUAUUGCUCAACGUGGACCUGGUUUGAUGAUCAUGGAAGCUACUGGUGUGCUUCCUGAAGGCCGCAUCACCCCUUACUGCGCUGGUCUCUGGAAAGACUCGCAGAUUGCGCCUCUCAAAGACGUAGUCGAUUUUGCGCAUAGCCAGGGCCAGAAAAUUGGUAUCCAACUGGCUCAUGCUGGUCGCAAGGCCUCCUCUUUGCCGCCCUGGCUCGGCGGAACUCCUGUGACCAAUGCAGCAGGUGGCUGGGUGGAUAACGUGAAGGGGCCUAGUGCGAUCCCAUUCUCCGAUAAUGACAUUGUACCUAAGGCAAUGACUGUGGAAGACAUCCAUGACUUCAAGGAUGCCUGGGCCGCUGCAGUUAAGCGGGCCGUGGCCGCUGGGGUGGAUUUGAUUGAGAUUCAUAAUGCCCAUGGUUAUUUGCUGUCCUCUUUCAUGAGUCCUGCAUCCAAUAACCGAACUGAUAAGUAUGGUGGUAGCCUCGAAAACCGCAUUCGACUUCCCUUAGAGAUCGCACAAAUCACCCGUGAUGCGGCGGGAGAAGAUAUGCCUCUCUUGCUCCGUGUUUCUGCUAGUGACUGGGUGCAAAAUCCGGACAUCGAUGGCUGGAAGCUGGAGGAUACCGUGGAAUUUGCCAAAGCUCUUGCCAAACAAGAAUGUAUCGAUGUGAUUGAUGUCAGCAGUGGCGGUGUCCAUGUUGAGCAAAAGCUCACAGGUGCUAUGGGUCCAGGAUUUCAGGUUCCAUUCUCAACGGCGGUGAAGAAGGCAGUCGGGGAUAAGAUUCUUGUUGCUGCUGUUGGUAUGAUCAACAGCGGUACUCUAGCUGAAAAGAUCCUGAAUGAGGACAAUGUGGACAUCGUUCUGGUCGGACGUGCCUUCCAGCGAGAUACUGGCUUGGCCUGGCAAUAUGCAAAGCACUUGGAUGUUGAGAUUUCUAUGGCCGCACAGAUCAGAUGGGGUUUUACUAGCUGGCAAAAUGCGUCGGAGUAUAUCCAGCCGAAUGCGAUGAAGGUCACAUUGUUUGAAUAA